UAUUGCUCAAAAUUCAAUUGCCCAAACAAGAAAAUAAUAAAUCUGCUUCUUGUAAAGGCGUCAUGACUCUUAAUUUCCUUUCCGGAAAUAGAUUGAAACAAGAUUAUAUUUUUCUGCUCUACGACAUGGGUAGCAGGCGAAACCUAGAAUCAUCGAACUAUCGAAACCCAUGUUUAACAUUGCAUCAGCCGUGGGCUUCUUUACUUGUGUAUGGCAUCAAACGAAUUGAAGGCAGAUCUUGGCCCGCCCCUAUUCGUGGACGCCUCUGGAUUCAUGCUGCUGGCAAGAUUCCUGAACCAGAGACGAUAAAAGCAAUGGAGGACUUUUACAGGGAAAUUUAUGCAAUGGAUGGUGUAACGGAUCUCAAGUUCCCUGAGCAUUAUCCAGUUUCGAGACUUAUAGGUUGUGUUGAUGUGGUCGGCUGUGUUACUUGUGAAGAGCUUGCAAACUGGGAGGCCAUACCUGCAUCGGUCAGAGUAGAAGGCCAAACACCAUUUUGUUGGCUCUGUGAGCAGCCUCAGGCCGAUCACGUCCUCGGCCUUGACGCCACGCGCCCUCAGCACCUCCCCACACGUCAGCAGACAACUCCCGCUAGGCGUCAUGUGGAAGUGGACGUGUUCGCCCUCGUACCUCAUAGGAUUCCUCUCGUCCGUCACGUCCCACACCACCACCGCCACCUUGCGGCCCCACACCGCGAUGUUGGCCGCCAUCACCAAAUUCUAGUGUCGGAGCACGUGCUCGAACGUGUCCCCGAACGACACCACCAUCUUGCCCGAGGCCACCUCGUGUUGGCUUAUGACUUUCUUGAUCCCCCAUCGGCCAGCCUCCGACUGCGGCGGCUGAUGCACGUCCCUUAUCUCUACUAG